ACAUUAAAAUAUAGAACGUGACAAGGGAGGAAAAAAAACAGGGAAGGAGGGGGGGUUACAUUGUCAAUUCCCAGAGACACACUGCAACCAUCCAUGCCCCUGUGCCUGAUUUUAAGUGGGUGUGCGAGGAGCGAUCAACUGUCAGAAAAGAGAGAGAAUGAGUCACGGGUUUGUCUUGGAAGGCCCUUAUUUAACAGUCCUAGACAGACAGAUAGACACAUAUUCUCGCACACUACAUAACCGAGGAGAGCAACAAAUAUAUACUAAUCCUCCUACCCACAAAAAAAUAACACGUAAAAACUUGCCAACCAAAAAAAAAAAAAAGCAUUAAUAAAGCCAAAAAAAAACAACCGCUUCUUUACAGUAACCCCCCCCCUUUUUUCCCAACAUUUUUAUCCCACCCAAGGAUCUACCCAUCAAACUAUCUGUCCUGACCUGAUCGUCUGCUCUAAACCCCUUGUAUCUCCCUCAACCAUCUCUCUCUCCAUUCUCUUCCCUCUCUUUCAUUCCAUUCCUGCUUUCAUCUUUCAAUGGCUCUGAUGCUUGAUAACUGUGAAGGGAUAUUACUAUCACUAGACUCCCACAAAUCAGUGCCAGCUCCAUUCCUCACUAAAACAUACCAACUAGUCGAUGAUCCCGCCACUGACCACAUCGUCUCAUGGGGUGAAGAUGACACUACUUUCGUUGUUUGGAGACCUCCUGAGUUUGCUCGUGAUCUCCUCCCUAAUUACUUCAAGCACAACAACUUCUCCAGCUUUGUCAGACAGCUCAAUACUUAUGGUUUUAGGAAGAUUGUGCCAGACAGAUGGGAGUUUGCCAAUGAGUUCUUCAAGAAAGGAGAAAAACACUUGCUUUGUGAGAUCCACAGAAGAAAAACUGCGCAACCACAAGUGGGGAUAAACCAUCAUCAUCACCAUCACCACCCACAUUCUCCUUUGGUUAAUGCCCCGAGUUUCUUUCCGUUUCCAAGCCGAGUCAGCAUUUCUCCAGCAGACUCAGACGAACAAGCCAACUGGUGUGACUCACCGCCACUUUCUUCUCCAAGAGGAGGCACUGGAGUCUCAGUUGCUGGUGGCGGCGGGGGUGGAGGCUAUAAUAGCUCGGUCACAGCUUUAUCAGAAGACAAUGAGAGGCUGAGAAAAAGCAACAACUUGCUGAUGUCUGAACUUGCCCAUAUGAAAAAGCUUUACAAUGAUAUUAUCUAUUUUGUUCAAAACCAUGUUAAGCCUGUCACUCCUAGCAAUUCAUACUCCCCUUCUUUGCUUCUUUAUGGCCCUCCUUCAUCCGUUGCUGCUGCUCCUGUUGUUAAUACCACCACCACCAAUAGUUCAUUCUUGCAAAAGCCUUCCAACCAGCUUCUUGGGCACUAUCCAAAUAGUCAGAAGCCCCGAGUGCAAGUUUUGAACUCUCCAACGGCUACAUCCCAAAGCUCCUUGACGAUUCUUGAAGAACCAUGCAGCAAUAGUUGCAAAACAAAGCUCUUUGGUGUACCCUUACAAUCAAAGAAGAGGUUGCACCCCGAGUAUGGUGCAACUAACAUGGAGACUAACAAAGCACGUUUGGUCUUGGAAAAAGAUGAUUUACGGCUGAACCUUAUGCCUCCUACAUGUUAGUUUCAAAUAUCCAUUCAAGAAUAUUCUAGCUUCCUUUUCCAUCUUUUUUUUUUCUUUUUGUUUAUCUCUUAGAAUCUGAUGAUGAUAUUGUUGGAGGAAAUUGUGCGUGUGUGUGUGAGUGUUUGUGACUGUGUAUAUAAUUUUUAGUGCCGGUACUAUUUUCUUUCCCCUACCUAGCUAGCCACAUGAAUGCAGGUGGGUUUUGGGUUAGAGUGAAGAUGAAAAUCAAUUUCAAAAUUUCAACACCAA